AUGCUUCCAUCUGUUGGUUUACCAAUGUUAAAUAGCCGUUUUUUCAGUCAAGUUGACGAUAUAUUAAAGAAAUUUCUUACACUGAUUAUGCUUGGUAAACAGAGGGAUCAAAUAAACGCAAGUGUCUGCUAUGAUGUUAUACAAGUUUAUAAUUGGCAUAGUUUAAUUGAGGAUUAUGACACAAGACAAAUUUUAUUUACAUCUUUAAUUGAAUUAAUAUCAGAAGAAAUGAUUACUCAAGUCUGGUAUGUUCGUGCUACUGGAACUAUAGGGCAUGAUCAUUAUGUAAUACUCUUUAAAGAUGAUCCUAAUAUUACUCCAAAUGACCUUUUUCUUCAAAUGCCUGCGAUUUCUAUUUCUGUGCCUGUUCAACAAGAACCUAUGCCAUCCAAGACAAUUUAUGUGGAACUAUUUGGAGUAUCCAAAAAAGUAGUUGAUGUUGCGAUUAAAGCUAAUGCUUACAAAGAAUUAUCUGAGGUUUUAAAAAACUUUCUUUGUGAAACACAAAGCAAAGUAAAUGAUCAGCAACAAGAUAUAGAUAGUAUUAAUAUUAUUAAUCCAUCUAUCACAAAACACAAAGGACGUCCUCUUAAAAGAUUUAAAUCUGCUGUUGAGUCUAAAAGAAAGUAUCCAUUAAAAAAUAGUACACAACUUAAUAUAGUUAAUAAAAAUCCUAAUGAAGAUAAAAAGAGUUUAGAUUUUAAUAAAGGUCGGAAGUGCAGUAAAUGUGGUCAAGCAGGUUAUUAUGCUAAAACUUGUACAAAAAAUAAAUAA